AUGAUGCAGACCAAGAUUGACAAUCGCGCUGCCUCCGGCAUCUCAUACUAUACGCCAGUCCAAGAGCCCCCGGCUGGCACGCAACUCGAGGGGUCAACCAAGCUGUUCAGCCCUAUUUCCAUCCGCAGUUUAACGCUCCCUAAUCGCCUUUUCCUGGCUCCCCUCUGUCAAUAUUCCUCAAAGGACGGUUAUGCGAACGACUGGCAUUUGACACACCUCGGCGGAAUCAUCCAGCGCGGACCGGGCCUGGCAAUCAUCGAAGCGACCGCAGUGCAGGAAAUCGGCCGCAUCACACCGCAGGAUCUCGGACUGUACGAAGACGCUCAUAUCGAGCCGCUGAAGCGCAUCACGGAAUUCGCCCACGGCCAGAAUCAGAAGAUCGCCGUCCAAUUGGCCCACGCCGGUCGGAAGGGCAGCGCCGUGGCCCCUUGGUUGAGCGGCAACGCCAUGGCGGUCACGGAAGUUGGGGGAUGGCCAGACGACCUUGUCGCUCCGUCGGCUAUCCCCCAUGAGGAGGGCAUCAACACUGUGCCCUCAGCUCUAUCUUUGGAGGAGAUUGAGACUUUGAAGAAUGCCUACGCAGCGGCUGCUCAAAGAGCUCUACGGGCAAACUUCGACGCAAUCGAAAUCCACGCCGCCCAUGGGUAUCUCCUGCAUCAGUUCCUGAGUCCGGUCAGCAAUCGGAGAACGGAUCAUUAUGGGGGCAGCUUUGAGAACAGGGUCAGGCUACUGUUGGAGGUGUGCGAUGUCGUUCGGGCUACGGUUCCGACAUCCAUGCCCGUCUUCGUGCGCAUCAGUGCCACCGAUUGGUUCGAGUUCGACGAAAGUCUGAGGCAAGAAUUCUCUGAGUCAUGGACGCUGGCUCAGUCAGUACGGCUGGCUCCUCUCCUGGCAGAUCAUGGCAUCGACCUGGUGGAUGUCAGCUCAGGGGGUAUUCAUGCCAAAUCCGCCAUUGCCAUUCGUUCCGGUCCGGCUUAUCAGGCGCAUUUUGCCCGGGAUAUCAAAAGUGCAGUAGGCGACAAACUUCUGGUGUCCGCCGUAGGUGGCAUCAAGACAGGCUCCCUGGCGGAGGAGGUGUUGCAGUCGGGAAUUGAUGUUGUUCAGUCCGGAAGGUGGUUCCAGCAAAAUCCAGGCCUGGUCCGCGCAUUUGCCAACGAACUGGGGGUCAAAGUCCGGAUGGCAACGCAGAUUGACUGGGCCUUUGAAGGCCGUGGCAAGAAGGCGAAGCCGAGUUCGCUUUAA